UUUGAAAAGAAAGUGUAAACUUAUUUAAUCAUGCCCUCUUUCUUUUAUGUCUUACUUUUUAGACACUAUUCUUUAAAGAAAAUUUAAAAAUAUGCAAGCGUAUUAGAAAACAGUAGCCAACUUGUCAGUUUAGAUGAAUGUCCAUGUCCUGAGCCACAUAAUUGAUCAGAUGUUUAUAGAGUUUGGGAUAUUUGUUUAUAACCCAACCACUGCAUGCCUUGGUGGCGUCUCAGCAGAUUUGACAUAAACAUGCAGCAUACUUUUCAGAUUAUAGAUUUAUUUUUUCCUGACCAUGGAUCUACGGAUCAAUGGGGAUGUUUGUAAAUUGAUCAGCAGGGUUUGGACAGUCAGGGAUGAAAUUGUGGCACAAAUCAAGAAAGAACUGCUGAUUUCUUCAAAGUCCAAUGAAACAAAUAAACAGGACAAAGGUUAGAUCUAUUUGUGCACACAGCACAGGGACCCACUAACAGUCUGAGGAUUCCCCGGAGCGGGUAGAGGAUGAGAAACGGAGGAAGAGACAGACGUAGAGAGAGAGGAGGAGAGAGGAGGAGAGAGAGAGCGCGCAGUGUUUCCCGCCGCUGCACAGCUGUUGCGCUCCAGUUUCUCUGAGGAGGAUGUAGGAGCCGGAUGGAGAGGAUGACCGGCCGCUCGGACUCCUGAAAGACAAGCUCAAAACAUCUCAAAUAAACUUCUCUUGCACAUUUAGAGGCUCUACCAUUGUUUGGUCCGCGGAUGGACUCCAGGCUCCAUAUCGGACCGGUGGUUCCGACACCGGACCCGACCGGCAGCGCGCCUUGGAAUAUCAGCUCCAUCAACCCGCACCGGCUCAUGGAGGUGUCUCCGGAGGCUCCAGCUGACCAGGACGCCAUCGUCCCAGCCCACGCGUUUCCGACGGUAAACGUCCCCGCACACGCACACUACACCAUAGGCGUCGUCAUCCUGGCUGUAGGAAUCACAGGCAUGCUGGGAAACUUCCUGGUCAUUUACGCUUUCAGCAGAAGUCGGAGCCUUCGGACGCCGUCCAACAUCUUCAUAAUCAACCUGGCAGUCACAGACUUCCUGAUGUGUCUCACACAGACGCCCAUCUUCUUCAUCACCAGCAUGCAUAAACACUGGAUCUUUGGGAAAAAAGGGUGUGAACUGUACGCUUUCUGUGGCGCACUGUUUGGCAUCUGCAGCAUGAUGACACUGAUGGUGAUCGCAGUGGACCGGUACGUUGUCAUCACCCGGCCGCUGGCCUCUCUGGGAGUCAUGUCUCACAGGAAAGCUCUGUGCUUCGUGGCCGCUGCCUGGCUCUACUCCGUGGGCUGGAGCCUUCCCCCGUUCUUCGGCUGGAGUGCCUACGUCCCUGAGGGUCUGAUGACUUCCUGCUCUUGGGACUACAUGACCUUUACCCCUUCGGUGCGCUCCUACACCAUGUUGCUCUUUACUUUUGUUUUCUUCAUUCCUCUCUUCAUCAUCAUCUUCUGCUACUGCGGCAUCUUCAGAGCCAUCCGCCACACAACACGAGCGAUAACAAAGAUCAACUGUGAAGGAAGAAGAGACUCUGCAAAGAGGUUCCAUAAAAUGAGGAGUGAAUGGAAAAUGGCUAAAAUCGCCUUAAUCGUCAUUUUGCUGUUUGUCAUCUCCUGGGCUCCGUACUCCUGUGCAGCCCUCACUGCAUUUGCAGGGUACGCCGACUUACUGACUCCUUACUUGAAUACAGUUCCUGCUGUGAUCGCCAAAGCUUCAGCCAUUCACAACCCCAUCAUAUACGCCAUCACGCAUCCGAAAUACAGAUCGGCCAUCAGCAGAUACGUACCGUAUCUGGGCAUGUUGCUGUGCAUCGCCGGCAGGGACCGCUACAGCAGCAGCAGCCUGCAGUCCACGCGCCGAUCGACGCUGACCAGCCAAUCAGAGUGCAAAGGCCCCGGCAGGCACCGCGCCUCGUCCCAGUCCGAGAGCGAAUCAGCGCACUUCUCGGACACCGAGGAGGAUUGCUCGUCUCGGACGCCUGCCGGUCGCCUCUUGUCCGCUGACGUCAAACAGGUGCGCCAUGCCAGCCAGAGGUCAAAGGUGAGUGGUCACAGCGCAGGAGCGUUUGAGAGAACCGCUGCCCUCAACCCCACUGACCCGGCCAUUUGUCACCUUUCACAGCUCACCACUCUGACGGAGCCUGAAGACAUCUGCAUGCUGGAGAUCAGCCGGCCGCCGACCAGCCAUCUGCCUGCUACUCUGGACAGCAUGACGAGGGAACCGGGACCAAAGACGGCGUCCAAGAACCCGUCGUCCAUCAUCGUCACCUCCAUAUCCACCCCGUCCAUCCUGCACAGUCCUCCCGGUUUCCACGGCAGCCUCAAAGUUGCCAAAACCGUCACUCCGGUUAGUAAGGAGCUGCUCGACAUCGCCAGACUGGAGACGACGGCGUUACCGUGAACGUCUUACUACUGCGUCACCACGUCUUCCUUCUGAGGAGUGACCUGUACCAGCAUGCUGUCUGAUCGUUAUGGCUCCCUUUGCAUGCAAUGAAAAUAUGUGAGCCUGAAUUCCCAGAAGAUUUAGGUGAUGUGUGUUCGAGCCGGUCUUAAUGAAUCAACGCCACGGUUUUUAAAAGCCACUAAACUCGCCGUCUUGUUGUUGAAACUCAAGGAUCGUCUUGGGGUUUCUCUGUUUGUUUGAGCCGCUUUCUCGCCCAGCUGUUGCUGCAACCUUCAGUAUUAAAGUCAAGUUUUCAAGAGGCGCCGCAAACAAAGUCUGUGGGCGUCGCCAUGUUGAAUUUCCCGCUUCUAACUACGUCGCCGUUACCUCGGGUGUGACGUCAUAUCCUCAUCCUCACCUGCUUGGACAGUUUUUACCUUAAAGGUGUCUAAUUUCUUACAAAAACUUCAGAAAAAAAUACAAAUUAAAGUCUAGUGAAGUCGAUUUUAAGCAAAGUGAUAGUAAACACUCAUUUACAGGAAGUGGCUGUAGUCUUAUAAUGGAAAAUGUACAGGAAUAUUUAAUGAAUUAGAAUAAUUUUAAAUUUAAAAUGUUUUAAAUACCUCAAUUCACUAAAGUGGAUAAAUAAUUAAUCUAAGUAUAGAUUAAUUAUCUACAGAUUGAGGUUUUAAGCUUUAAUUUCUGUUCUAGUUAAUGAAGAUUUGAAUGUUACAUCAGACCAAUAAAAAUUAAUUUAAUACAGAAAUAUGGGCUUAAAGAAAAGUACGCUCAUUAUCUGCUUAAAGGUUAUUUUCAGUCCUCAUCAGAACUAAUUUAUUUAAUUUUGCUGCAUCAUUCUGUGAUUUUAUAAGAGUAUUUAUGUUCAUAUGAUUAAAGCAAAGCAUCUAGUUCAUAAUAUUUCUCUUUGUUGUAUUGUUUUUCUUAGUUCUGAUUAUUUUUGUGCAUCGUUUUGCACACAUCGGCCCAUUUGCAGGAAGGUGGUUUUCAUGUCAUUGAAGAUGAUUUACCUCAAAGAGGAAAGGAACAAAAUAGCCUUAAAAUCACUGUGUCGAGUAUUGUGAAAAAUGUUAUUUAAACAUGGAGUUAUUUAACGAGUGAUGCAUUUCUCUACUAGUUUUAUUUUUUUCAGAUUAUGUUUCCUGUAUAUAAACUGAGUGGCUGUUAAAGGUUUUUUUUGUGGAGUUUUUUGGUAGGAAACAUAAUUUGAUAAAUAAAAAUCUGAAAUCCGAUCAUAAGUUUUGCACACAGUUCAUGACCUGAACUUUAUAUGAAUUUUCUAGCUAUGUACUUAAAUAUUAACAUAAAAAUAUGCAGUAUUUCCAUAAAAAAUAAGCAAAAAGUUAUGUAAUUUCCAAAAGCAACUAAUGUUCUCAAGCCAAACUUUUAUUUUGCAUAAUUUUAAUGACAAAAUGUCAAAUAUAAACGGAAGAUAAUAAUACUUUAAAAACACUACAACUGAAAUACGAACAGUACUUCAACUGCAAAACAAAUAAAUGAAGAUAAAACAUAAAUUUCCAUUUAUUUAAUAAUGAAAUAUGAAAUUGUGGCAAACAAUCAAAAUGUAUCACUAACAGUAUUGGCAUAAAAAUUUAAUGAAAGUAAACAAAUUCAAAAUACAAUAGAACUAAGCAGAAAUAAACUUGAAUUUUCCACAUUAUUCAAAGUAAAGAAGAUGAAAUUACAUUACAUUUGGUGUGAAACGGCAGUAAAUAAACAGAAAGCGUAUAUUUCACAGCAAACAUCCACGUAAAACCAGUUUUUAUUGCUUUGUUUUGUCAAACAAACUGACAUUAAAACAAAAUCAACUCUUGGCUUAAACUGUUGAUAAUGUUAAAUGCUUGAUCGUAAAUUUGGACCAGUAAAAAUUGAAAGUGUUUUUUAUUAAUUCCCCAAUAACUUUAAUGCUAUUUGCUGGUGGAUUAAGGCCUUAAAACUCCUUGAAGUGUUGAAAAUAUAUUGUGCACACAUUUCUUUUCUAAGCCAAUAAUAAUUUUGUUUUGCACAUUUUGUGCAGCUCCUUUGGCUCCAGAAUGUAAACGUGUGCCAACAGACGUGGAAAAGUUCCCAUUACGAUCAAUUAUGACAGGUUUGAAUUGAAACUGAGUCUGUUUAUCUGCCUUCUCUGUGAGACCAAACUUGUGUUAUUACCUAAAUGGAUUUUUUUUUUGACAUUUAAGUUUUCAGUAACACUUUAUUUGAAGGGGUGUCAUAAACAUUCCUGUUAUGAACAUGAAGGAGUCUUCAUGAAUGCUCAUUGCUGUUGUCAAAAAGUGUCAUUCAGUAAAUAAUGACACUUAUUUUGCAUUAAAAGAGUCAUUAUUUACUGAAUAAUGCAAAUUUAACACUUUUAAUCAACUUUUAAUGCAAUGGCUGCCUGUUUCAUAUUGAAUAGAUUAUGAAAUUCUUUUAACGACCUACAAAGUUUUAAAGCUCCUCCUUAUCUUCUGGAUCUUUUUGAAAUUUAAUUCUUUGUCUAGAACUUUAAGGUCAAAUAUUCGGCUGCUACUGAAAGUCCCUCGGACUCGAUAGAAAAGUGAUCGACCUUUCUCUGUUGUUGCUCCUAUUCUCUGGAAUAAUCCAGAUUAGAUCUGCCCACAGCAUGGAUCAUUUUAAAUCGCUUCUUAAAACUCAUUUUUAUUAUUUGGCAUUCAAUUGAGGCCUGAUACUGUAGCUCUUCUCUUAUUAUCUUAAUACAUACAGAUUGCUUUCUUGUAUUAUUUCUCUUUUUCUUUUCAUCAACUUACUUUAUUAAUAUUUUACAGCACUUUGGUGCAGUUUUACACCUGCUUUUAAAUGCUAUAUAAAUAAAUUUGACAUUGUCAGCUUUUAGUAUACCUUUGCAUUAAAAGUGUUGUUAUUUAACGUUAUAUAACAUUUCAAUCAUGUCAUAACAGGAGUUGCAUCAUGUUGAUGUCAGUCUUAUGCAAAUCUCUUAAAAUAAAGAGUUACCUAGUUUUCUUUCUUUUCUUAAUUCAGUUCAGGUUCAACAUUUCGAAGCUUUUUAUCUCCACUAAUGUACAUUUACAUGGACGUCUUUGACUAUGAUUGUAUUGUAAUUGUUUUCUUCAUACAUGAUGAUAAAAUCAAAUAUUAUAUUGACACUGUGGUAAAACAAUGAUCAAACUUUUAUCCCACUUGUUGCUUUUUUUAAAAGCAUUUUAUCAGUAAAUCUGUAAAAAUAAAAAUAAAAAAGAAAAGCAUAUAUUAUGAGCAUUACUGGUAAAUUAUUGUCAAAUUAAGUAUUAGUGUUUUAGAUGUGUUGAAUUUAAAUUCUGCUUUACUGAAGUGAUGAUUUCUGUGAUUUUGUUGUCUUUGUAUAAAAUGUUUGUGUUUCUAUUUAUUUUUUUAUAAAAGGA